AUGAGUACGGACGCGGAGAUGCAGAUUUACGGCAAGGCGGCCAUCUACCUCCGUAAACCAGAGAAGGAGAGGAUUGAGGCUCAAAGUGCUCCCUUUGAUGCCAAGAGUGCCUGCUACGUGGCUGAUGUCAAGGAGCUGUACCUCAAGGCUAAAAUCAUCAAGAAGGAAGGUGGCAAAGUCACAGUCAAUGUCUUGGGCACUGAGGAGGAGAGAACAGUUAAAGAAGAGGACGUCUCUCCCAUGAAUCCUCCCAAGUACGACAAAAUUGAGGACAUGGCCAUGAUGACCCACCUCAAUGAAGCCUCUGUGCUUUAUAACCUCAAAGAGCGUUAUGCAGCAUGGAUGAUCUACACCUACUCUGGGCUGUUCUGUGCGACUGUCAACCCCUACAAGUGGCUGCCAGUGUACGACAUGGAAGUCGUCAAUGCCUACAGAGGCAAGAAGCGUAUGGAGGCUCCACCCCACAUCUUCUCCGUCUCUGACAACGCUUUUCAGUUCAUGCUUUGUGAUCUGCUGGAGAAGUCUAGAGUAACAUACCAGCUUGAACUGGAGAGAGGCUACCACAUCUUCUUCCAGAUGAUGACCAACCACAAGCCUGAGAUCAUUGAAAUGUGUCUCAUUACAUCCAACCCAUACGACUUCCCCAUGUGCAGCAUGGGUCAAAUUACUGUUGCUAGCAUUGAUGACAAAGAGGAGCUGGAAGCAACUGAUAAUGCCAUUGACAUCCUGGGCUUCACCGCUGAGGACAAGGUGAGCAUCUACAAAACAACAGGUGCUGUCCUCCACCACGGAAACAUGAAGUUCAAGCAAAAGCAGCGUGAGGAGCAGGCUGAACCUGAUGGCACUGAGGAUGCUGACAAGGUUGCUUACCUGCUGGGUCUGAACUCUGCGGACAUGCUUAAGGCGUUGUGCUACCCCAGAGUCAAGGUCGGAAAUGAGUAUGUCACCAAGGGACAGACAGUGCCACAGGUGAUGAAUUCUGUACCUGCCCUGGCCAAGUCCAUCUAUGAAAGGAUGUUCUUGUGGAUGGUCAUCCGCAUCAACCAGAUGCUGGACACCAAGCAACAGAGAAACUUUUUCAUUGGUGUCUUGGACAUUGCCGGCUUUGAAAUCUUUGAUUUCAACACCUUGGAGCAGCUGUGCAUUAACUUCACCAAUGAGAAACUGCAACAGUUCUUUAACCACACCAUGUUCGUCCUGGAGCAAGAGGAGUACAAGAAGGAGGGUAUUGUCUGGGAGUUCAUUGAUUUCGGCAUGGACUUGGCUGCCUGCAUUGAGCUGAUUGAAAAGCCCAUGGGCAUCUUUGCCAUCCUUGAAGAGGAGUGCAUGUUCCCCAAAGCCUCAGAUACAACCUUUAAGAACAAGCUGUAUGAUCAACAUCUUGGCAAGAACAAGGCGUUUGAGAAGCCUAAACCAUCCAAGGGCAAGGCUGAGGCCCACUUCUCCCUGGUGCACUAUGCUGGAACUGUGGACUACAACAUUACUGGCUGGCUGGACAAGAACAAGGACCCCCUGAACGAGUCUGUUAUCCAGCUGUACCAGAAAUCUUCAGUCAAACUUAUGCCUAUUCUGUAUCCCCCUGUUGUUGAAGAGCCCAAAGGAGGCAAGGGAGGCAAGAAGAAGGGUGGUUCCAUGCAGACUGUGUCCUCACAGUUCAGGUUCAUUGACAACAAGAAGGCUUCUGAGAAGCUGCUGGGAUCCAUUGAUGUCAACCAUGAUGAAUAUAAAUUUGGACACACUAAGUACAAUGUUCGCUCAUUCAUGAAUGUCAAGCACUGGCCAUGGAUGAAGGUGUACUAUAAGAUCAAGCCCCUCCUGAAGAGUGCUGAGACUGAGAAGGAACUUGCCCAGAUGAAGGAGAAUUAUGAAAAGAUGACCACUGACUUGGCUGCGGCUUUGGCCAAAAAGAAGGAGCUUGAGGAGAAGAUGGUUUCCCUUCUGCAGGAAAAGAAUGAUCUGCAGCUUCAAGUGUCCUCUGAAGGAGAGAAUCUAGCAGAUGCUGAGGAGAGGUGCGAGGGUCUUAUCAAAAGUAAGAUUCAGCUGGAGGCCAAACUGAAGGAAACAACUGAGAGACUGGAGGAUGAAGAAGAGAUCAAUGCUGAGCUCACUGCCAAGAAAAGGAAGUUGGAAGAUGAAUGUUCAGAGCUCAAGAAAGAUAUUGAUGAUCUGGAACUUACCUUGGCCAAAGUGGAGAAAGAGAAGCAUGCCACUGAAAACAAGGUGAAGAACCUGACAGAGGAGAUGGCUUCUCAAGAUGAGAGCAUUGCUAAGCUCACUAAAGAAAAGAAGGCGCUCCAAGAGGCUCACCAGCAGACACUGGAUGACCUGCAGGCAGAGGAAGACAAAGUCAACACUCUUACCAAGGCUAAGACUAAGCUUGAGCAACAAGUUGAUGAUCUUGAAGGUUCAUUGGAGCAGGAGAAGAAGCUCCGUAUGGACCUGGAGAGAGCCAAGAGGAAGCUGGAGGGUGACCUGAAACUUGCUCAGGAAUCCAUAAUGGAUCUUGAGAAUGACAAGCAGCAGUCUGAGGAGAAAAUUAAAAAGAAAGACUUUGAGACCAGUCAGCUUCUCAGCAAGAUUGAGGAUGAGCAGUCUCUGGGAGCACAGCUUCAGAAAAAGAUUAAGGAGCUUCAGGCCCGUAUUGAGGAGCUUGAGGAAGAGAUUGAGGCUGAGCGGGCUGCACGUGCCAAGGUUGAGAAGCAGAGAGCAGAUCUGUCCAGGGAACUUGAAGAGAUCAGUGAGAGGCUGGAAGAGGCCGGCGGUGCCACUGCUGCUCAGAUUGAGAUGAACAAGAAGCGCGAGGCUGAGUUCCAGAAGCUCCGUCGUGACCUUGAGGAGUCCACUCUGCAGCAUGAAGCCACUGCUGCUGCUCUGCGCAAGAAGCAGGCGGACAGUGUUGCUGAGCUGGGAGAGCAGAUUGAUAACCUCCAGCGAGUCAAGCAGAAGCUUGAGAAGGAAAAGAGUGAAUACAAGAUGGAAAUUGAUGACCUCUCCAGCAACAUGGAGGCUGUGGCUAAAGCUAAGGACCAACUUAGCGAGCUGAAGACCAAGAAUGAUGAAAAUGUUCGCCAGAUCAAUGACCUUGGAGGACAAAAAGCCCGUCUCCUCACAGAGAAUGGUGAGUUUGGCCGCCAAAUUGAAGAGAAGGAAGCCCUUGUCUCUCAGUUGACAAGAGGCAAACAAGCUUUCACACAGCAGAUUGAGGAGAUCAAAAGGCAAAUUGAGGAAGAGGUCAAGGCCAAGAAUGCCCUUGCUCAUGGACUUCAGUCUGCUCGUCACGAUUGCGAUCUGCUCAGGGAACAGUUUGAAGAGGAGCAGGAGGCCAAGGCUGAACUUCAGCGUGGAAUGUCUAAGGCCAACAGUGAGGUAGCUCAGUGGAGAUCGAAGUAUGAAACCGAUGCUAUCCAGCGCACUGAGGAGCUUGAGGAAGCCAAAAAAAAGCUUGCCCAACGGCUCCAAGAGGCCGAGGAGCAGAUUGAGGCUGUCAACUCCAAGUGUGCUUCUCUGGAGAAAACCAAACAGAGGUUGCAGAGUGAGGUUGAGGAUCUCAUGAUUGAUGUGGAGAGAGCUAAUGGUCUCGCUGCCAACCUUGACAAGAAGCAGAGGAACUUUGACAAGGUCCUGGCUGAAUGGAAGCAGAAGUUUGAGGAGGGUCAGGCAGAGCUUGAGGGAGCUCAAAAGGAGGCCCGCUCAAUGGGAACUGAGCUUUUCAAGAUGAAGAACUCCUAUGAAGAAGCUCUUGACCAGCUGGAGACCAUGAAACGUGAAAACAAGAACUUGCAGCAGGAGAUCUCUGACUUGACUGAGCAGAUUGGUGAGACUGGCAAGAGCAUCCAUGAAUUGGAGAAGUCCAAGAAGCAGGUUGAGACAGAAAAGUCUGAAAUCCAGACUGCCCUUGAGGAGGCUGAGGGAACUCUUGAACAUGAAGAGUCCAAGAUCCUUCGUGUCCAGCUGGAGCUUAAUCAAGUGAAGGGUGAGGUUGACAGGAAGCUGGCAGAAAAAGAUGAGGAAAUGGAACAGAUCAAGAGGAACAGCCAGAGGGUCAUUGACUCCAUGCAAGGCACUCUGGACUCUGAGGUCAGAAGCAGAAAUGAUGCCCUCAGAAUCAAGAAGAAGAUGGAGGGAGACUUGAAUGAGAUGGAGAUUCAGCUUAGCCAUGCCAAUCGUCAGGCUGCAGAGUCCCAGAAACAGCUGAGAAAUGUGCAGACACAGCUCAAGGAUGCCCAACUGCACCUUGAUGAUGCAGUGAGAGCUCAGGAGGACUUCAAAGAACAAGCUGCUAUGGUGGAGCGCAGAAAUGGCCUGAUGUUGGCGGAAAUUGAGGAACUCAGGGCUGCUCUGGAACAGACAGAAAGAGGACGCAAAGUCGCUGAACAGGAGCUGGUCGAUGCCAGCGAACGUGUUGGACUUCUGCAUUCUCAGAACACAAGUCUGCUGAACAGCAAGAAAAAGCUUGAAACUGAUCUGGUUCAGGUCCAGAGUGAAGUUGAUGACACUAUUCAGGAAGCAAGAAACGCUGAGGAGAAGGCCAAGAAGGCCAUCACUGAUGCUGCCAUGAUGGCCGAGGAGCUGAAGAAGGAGCAGGACACCAGUGCUCAUCUUGAGAGGAUGAAGAAGAAUCUUGAAGUUGCUGUUAAGGACCUGCAGCACCGUCUGGAUGAGGCUGAGAAUCUGGCCAUGAAGGGCGGCAAGAAGCAGCUCCAGAAACUGGAGUCUAGGGUGCGUGAGCUGGAGACAGAGGUGGAAAAUGAACAGAGACGUGGAGCAGAUGCCGUUAAGGGUGUUCGCAAAUACGAGAGGAGAGUCAAGGAGCUCACCUACCAGACUGAAGAGGACAAGAAGAAUGUCACCAGGCUCCAGGAUCUGGUUGAUAAGCUGCAGCUCAAGGUGAAGGCCUACAAGAGGCAGGCUGAGGAAGCGGAGGAGCAGGCCAACCAGCAUCUGUCCAAGUGCAGAAAGAUUCAGCAUGAGCUGGAGGAGGCUGAGGAGCGUGCCGAUAUUGCAGAGUCCCAGGUUAACAAGCUGAGAGUCAAGAGCCGUGACGCAGGCAAGGACGGCGCCCACAGCAGUGCAUGA